CAAUUGGAUCCUCCAAUGGAUCUCUCGCGACCGUCCAAAAGACCAGAGGCUUGCACCAAAAGAGAAAUAGGAAGAGACACAGACAAGAGUGCUCUAUCAUAGAAGAGGUCUGCAACCCAUUGACUUGAUUUGACCUGAUCUGAGUUGAUCAAUUGAUCUGCCAUGCCCUCCUCUACAUAUCCUUACAGUCGAGCAGAAGAAUGUUCGUGGCAACCAGAAGAGUUGGCGCGUCAUUUGGCGUCUUUGGCGACCACUGGCAGUACCAGCACUAGCAUUGCCAGCACAACCCACUUGUUGAGCCACGGUUGGUCGUCUCGUCAAGUCCCGUGUCUCCGAGAACUGUACGGCAGCAACAACAUGACGGGCGAUGAAGACGAUGACGAGAGCAAAAAGUCCAUUAUGCAGACUGUGGUAUUACCCGUCUUGUCGUCGCUGUCGGGACAACUCAAGGAACCCUUGAUUGGCAUGCUACUAGUAUCGGCGGGGAUUUCUGUCAUUUUGGGAAAUUAUGCCGAUGCCAUUUCCAUUGCCAUUGCAUUGCUUAUAGUCUCGCUGGUGGCCGCCAUUCAAGAAUAUCGCAGUGAACGCGCCAUGGAACAGUUGGCCCAUUUGGUGCCUCACAAUUGUACGGUCUUACGAGAUGGACAAGUCAAGGAUGAAUUUCCAGCCAAACAUUUGGUUGUGGGAGAUCUGGUGCUGUUGGCGACUGGAGACCGCGUCCCGGCGGAUUGUCGUGUCGUGGAUUCCGUGGAAUUGCAAAUCAACGAAAGUGCCUUGACGGGAGAAUCGGUGCCCGUCGAAAAAUUGGGACAAGGUAUUGUCACACCGACCCAAUCCCCCGCACUCACGGAUCAAACCAAUAUUUUAUUUGCCGGCACUCUUGUCAAUGCCGGACGGGGUCGUGCCGUCGUCAUUGCCACUGGCAGCAACACCGAAUUUGGUAAAAUCACACAAGAAUUGUCCACCAUGACGAGUCGCAAAUCGCCACUCCAAAUCAAAAUUGAUGAACUCAGUCAACGAUUGGCGGGAUUUUCCACCGCCGCCAUUGUCGUCAUUGCUAUUUUGGGAUGGAUCAUGGGGCGACCGUUAUUGGAAACAUUGACUGUGGCCGUCAGUUUGGCGGUGGCGGCCAUUCCAGAAGGAUUGCCGAUUUGUGUCACAGUCACCUUGGCACUUGGUACGCUUCGAAUGGCCAAAAGAGAUGUCAUUGUCAAACAGUUGCCUGUCGUGGAAUCAUUGGGGUGUUGUACAGCCAUUAAUUCCGACAAGACUGGUACACUCACCAAAAACGAAAUGACGGUCCGAGCCAUUUUCACAUUGGCGUUUCCAGAUACCAAAUUUGGGCUCACGGGGGUCGGAUAUAAACCGUCCGAAGGAAUGUUAAUGUUUGGAAGAAUCACAACGCCCCAAUCUACUCCUCAAAUUGUCGAUCCCAAUGGACACCAACGAAAUGCGUUGCAGGCACUCUUUCAUACGGCCUGUCUCUGCAACAAUGCCACUCGUGUUCAAGAAAAUAGUGACUUGUCAUUAUUGGAUGACAACGCACCGGGAAGAUCACUCUCGGGACAACCCACCGAAUUGGCACUCUUGGUAGCAUCCGAAAAGGCUGGAUUUCCCGAUUGUCGGGCACAAUACACACGGUUGCAAGAGACACCCUUUUCGAGUGAACGCAAAAUGAUGGAAGUACGGGCACGACCCGUCAGUGGACGCCACACGUGUGACGCAUUUGCCAUUGCUUCGGCGUCGAGCAACAGUGGCAGUCCACGACAACGGAGAGCGUCCAUGGACGGCAGCAUGUUUUUUGUCAAGGGCAUGCCGGAAAAAGUAUUGAGUGAGUGUACCACACACGUCACGCCCGACGGAACCACCAAUGCACUUGGCGAAGAUGGAAAAAAUCAAGUUCUCAACCAAGCACGACGCAUGGGUGCCAAGGGGUUGCGGGUGCUGGCCAUGGCGUACGGGCCGUCGCUCGAGUGUCUGACAUUUGCCGGGAUUUGUGGAAUGGAAGAUCCACCCCGAGAGGGUGUGGCGGAUUGUGUCCGGGAUUUGCGACGUGGUGGAGUCAAGGUUAUCAUGGUGACGGGUGACUCGAAGGAAACGGCACUGCAUAUUGCCCAUCGGUGUGCCAUUCUAGGAUCGGAGCAUGACGAAGCCCCCGCUCAUUUUGAUGACAUUCUCUCGUCUCCAUCGAACGAUUCGGCACACCGAUCGCAGCUUGCCAAACUUCAUGACAUGGAACUAGGGCACUCUGUCGCUAUGAGUGGCUCAGAGCUCGACGUGAUACCGCCGCGCGAUUUGGCCAACACAUUGGUGGAUGUGAGAGUCUUUUAUCGUGUUGCUCCGCGCCACAAGCUGGCCAUUGUGCAAGCUCUGCAGGCUAGUGGUGAAAUCGUUGCCAUGACAGGUGAUGGAGUGAACGACGCAGUGGCCUUGAAGGGGGCUGACGUUGGUGUGGCAAUGGGAACGGGAACGGACGUCUCGAAGGAGGCUGCAGACAUUGUUCUGGCUCGAGACGACUUUCAGUCUCUGUCAUAUGCUAUAGCAGAGGGCAAAGGCAUAUUCUUCAACAUUAGGGCCUUUCUUGCAUUCCAGCUGUCCACGUCGUUUGCAGCACUUACUAUGGCAAGUGUAGCGACCGCUUUUGGACUGCCAACGCCUCUGAAUGCCAUGCAAAUUCUCUGGAUCAACAUCAUCAUGGACGGUCCUCCCGCUCAAUCGCUUGGGGUGGAACCCGUUGAUUCCAAGAUCUUGACUGCAAAACCGAGGAAAGCGGACGAUCCUAUUGUAACCCGUGCUCUACUCCUUCGAGCCAUCAGUAGUGCUGCAAUCAUUGUGUUUCUGACACUCAAAGUUUUCGCGAAUGAAUUGGAUGAUGGCAAGACUUCAAGGCGCGACACAACAAUGACAUUCAUGACCUUUGUGAACUGUGACCUGCUCAAUGCCUAUGUUUGUAGGUCAGCCGACAGAUGUUUCUAUGAGAUUGACUUCUUCAGCAACCCUGCAUUCCUUUGGGCUAUUGGAGGAAGUAUCGUGGGACAAUUUUGCGUUAUCUAUGUCCCAUUCCUGCAGGAAGUGUUUCAAACUGAGGCGCUGACCCUUCACGAUCUUCUCUACAUCAUCGCGUUGAGCACUAGCAUCUUGUGGUUCGACACCCUUCGUAAAAAGUUCUUCCCAACAGUGUUCAGUGAUGGCUUCAAGCCAAAUCCCAGAUCGAAGAAGGAAGACGACCCGAUUUCUCCCAGACGGAACAAGUCUUGGUUGGAUUUCCGACGGUUUACUGGUGACGACAAGAGCUUUGCGCAACCAAGGGGCCAAACACUACGAGGACGGAAGGCGAACACAGCUCUGGCGCUGUGAUGAAAUCCAUUAAAAUAACCUCAAGAUUCUCGCUGCUUU